AAUGGACUCUCAAUUGUCCAUCGACAACUGCGAAGACACGUAUGCAGUGACCGUCGCGGCGUCGCAGUGAGACAACUGAUUCCAUUUUCCGCGGCUGCAUUGCCAUAUAAAGGACCCGAAGUAAAAGUCACGAGCCCCGUGUAACCCAGGCAGCAUCAAGGCGAAAGCAACACCUUGCUUGUUUCCUUGUCCCUCUUUCCGUUCGUGCCCAGCGCUUCCUCCCACCCACUCCUUCCUGCGUACAAUGGCCGCCAUCUACGCUGUGUAUACUUCUCCUACACAUCCUCCGAUACCCAACCAUCUCCCGACACUCAUUGUCACCCCUCAUGGACAACCCUCCAAUAUCUUAUACUCCUAUCUCCACACCAACUUUAAUUCAGAGAACUAUCUCUUGACGCCUUCCCCGCAGGGGGAUCUGUGCGUUGCUAAGCUAUUCCCACCACGCCCGAACGGCGCUGGCAAGUCCACAGCAUCUGAUCCCGGUCAUGCCUCGGGUUCCUCGGCCCGCGUUGUACGCUGCGAGGCCUCGCGUAACCUCAAGUGGUCGAUUGCUAACACAGGGGUUAUCUCGCCAAUCUACAAGCUUUCGCUCCCCUCUCCCGACUCUGCCGACCUCCCGCUCUUUCAGAUAUCCAAACCCAACCCCAAUGCGGCUUUCUGGAGCAUGUUCUACUUCGCCUAUGCUGGUCAUAAUAUACCCCCUAAGAGAAUUGAGUUCGGGAAGAUACAGAAAAACCCUCCUGGGCCCAACGGUGGUGGAACGCGAAUCAGUAUUACGGGUAAGACGCCCGAGGAAAAGGCGGUAUGGCAGACACUGGGCGAAGGUAACGAGGACUGCGUGGAAUGGGUGGUAUUGUGCGCAGCACUAAAUUUACUCGACGAUGAGAUCAUCAAAGCUGCCGAGAAGAAUCCUCCGCCACCAGGCGCCAUGCCAGCCGGCGCGCCCCCUGUACCAGCGGGAAGAUCUGUCCCAGUUGCUCUUCAUGACCCCGGUUCAGGCGCCCCACCAGGUGCAGGACGUCCAGGUCCUCAGCAGCCCCCGAGGGGGCCGCCGCAUGGCCAACCUUCCCCCGGCCCAGGGCAAAUGCCUGGUGGGCGUCCCCCCCAAGGUGUCCCUCCCGGACGCGGCCCCAUGCCUCCUGGCGCACCCGGUGGUUUUCCUCCCCAAGGCUUUCCUCCUGGCGCAAGACCCAUGGUAGUCCCUCAACGUGGUGGUCCACCUGGACAAGGUCCGCCUAUGGGUCGCGGUGCGCCCUUCCCGCAACAAAUACCACCUGGCCAGGCAAUGCCAAGGCGUUUCUAGUCACUUAUUGGUCUACCUCUUCUUCGCGGAUUACUUGUUUGUACAUGCUUUCGACUGCCCCACAUGCAUGAAUUUCUAGUCAUGCUCGUACCGUUGGGACUUUUCGUGUAUAUUUUCUCCAGACUCUGUAUUUGUGGAUUAGCUGCCUUUUCUGGGUAGUCGCAGCAGAUUUCAUUGGAUUGCAAUAACAGUUGUUGAUGGC